GAAAACUAAUAAGAGAGAGAAAUAAUAAUAGUAUUGUACUGUAUAUAUCACUAUGUGUGUGUGUGUUUUUCUUGGUUAGAAAAAGAAAGGAAAUAUUCUCUUUUGCUUUCAUUGUCUCUUUUUGGUGUUUUCUUUUGAAAUCAAAUAGACCUUUUUCUUCUUCCUUCUUCACAUAAACAAAAAAAAAAAGUCUUUAAAGGUUCUUGUUUUUUACUUGUGUUUUCAAGAUUCAAAAAAAUAUUUGUGUCUUUAUUGUGUUAUUAUUUAGAAGAUUUGUAUAAUACUACCAAGUUCUUAUUUUAUCUGUUUGUGUUUGGAAAAAAAUUGAGUUUCUUUUUUUUGUUUGUGAGUUUUAGGUUUGUUUUGUAGCUCCAACAUAGCCAAAAACAAAAAAGAAAAACAUCAUUUUAUCAAAUGAUGUCUGGAGAUUUGUUUUCAAUUCAUCAACAACAAGUUGUUGAAGUGCCAAACCCUAAUAACAGUAAAGCUAAUUCUUCUUCUUCCAAGAAAAGAAGAAAUCUUCCAGGUACACCAGAUCCAGAUGCUGAAGUUAUUGCACUUUCACCAAAAACACUCAUGGCAACAAACAGAUUCAUAUGUGAAAUAUGCAACAAAGGUUUUCAAAGGGACCAAAACUUACAACUUCAUAGAAGAGGACACAAUCUUCCAUGGAAGUUAAAGCAAAGAAACAAACAAGAAAUAGUGAAAAAAAAAGUAUACAUAUGCCCAGAAAAAGCAUGUGUACAUCAUGAUCCAUCAAGAGCACUUGGUGAUCUUACUGGUAUUAAAAAACAUUUUAGUAGAAAACAUGGUGAGAAAAAAUGGAAAUGUGAAAAAUGUUCAAAGAAGUAUGCAGUUCAAUCUGAUUGGAAAGCACAUACAAAAACUUGUGGUACUAGAGAGUAUAAAUGUGACUGUGGAACUCUCUUUUCCAGGAAGGAUAGUUUCAUUACCCAUAGAGCUUUCUGUGAUGCAUUAGCUGAAGAAAGUGCAAGAAUUACCUCAGUUGGAACUACAACAAACACUCUAAACUUCAACCACCACCAGCAACAACAACAACAACCCAAUUUACCUAUUGGAAUAUCCCAAAUUAGUACAACUUUUUCACAAGAUUUUACUACUAGUAACAACAACUGUCUACAUCAAAAACCAAGAUUGUCACAUUGGUUAAAUCAAUCAAAUACAAAUCUCUUUUCAUCCAACUCAGCUGGAUUAAUAUUACCAGAUCAUCAUCACCAUAUGGUACAAAUCCCAUCACCAAAUAUGUUCAACAAUACAUCAUCAAUCAACGCUCCUAUGUCUUCAGCACCAAUGUCAGCGACAGCGCUUCUACAGAAAGCAGCACAAAUUGGCUCAACAAAAAGCACAACAACAAAUUGCAACUUCUCAAACACAUUCGGCGUAAUGAACUCUUCUUCAUCAUCUUCACCUUCAUCAAACAAUGUCACACAAAUCUUUAAUAGCAACACCAACAAUAAUGUACUACUCAAUGGGUGUCCAGAUAUGCAUCCGCAAAAUAUUCAUUUCAACUUGGAUAAUAGUCUUACUAGAGAUUUUUUAGGCAUGGGGAAUGAAGGUGGUCAGCCAUUUUUACCACAAGAAUUGGUGAAGUUUGCUUCAAUGAAUUCAGCUAUGGGAUUAAGCCAUUACACUAAUGGUCAAUAGAAAUGCAAUAUCUGUUUUUCAUUUAUCUUUUUUUUGUAUACAAUAAUGUAUAAUUUGAACCUUAUCUUGUUAUAUGAGUUGGCAUUUUUUUUGCUUUA